GUGUUCUAAUGGGAAUCGCAUCUUUACGAUCAGUGCUACCUUGGGGGGAGGCGAGGCAGUCUGCCACAAAAACCUCUUCUCUCUCUUAAAUUUGUUUGUUUAAAUCUAGCUAUUUUAUUUUAAUUUUCGCUCAGUAAAUGUUACUGCCAUUCAAUUGUGCUUCGGCGGUUUAUCAUACAUUCCCACUCAGGUGAAUUAGUUAGAGCCUCUCGCUAGGCUCAUAAGAUAACUACAACAUAUGAGUAUGAGUACGAUCAGUGCUAUGCAAAACUCCAUAAAGAUUGUUCUAAGCAUUGAAUUCUUUCUGGGAUAUAGUAUAUUAUUGUAAAAUGUUUUGCGUUACCCUUUACUUUGACUAUGGCACGUGAACCUGUAGAUUAAGGAAUAAAGUAUCAGUAUAGCUAGGAUGGCUGAAUUUUAAAGAUCAAAUUUUAUUGAAAUGUACGACUUUUUUCCUACAUUAUUAUUCCUCAUCGGUGUACGCAGUAAUGGAAAGAGCACAAUUACGAAAUGGGAAGUAUUACUACUUGCAGUACCAAUUGUAUUAAUACCUUUGACGCAAGCCUGGAUAGUUCUGCUGAAGGGUUACUCAAUGCUAUAUUACUGCUCGAACAUUAAGUGCACUAAGAAAUGUUUAUGUCAAUUGUUAAUCAGAGCCUUUGUUGUAGCAGAUUGGAUAAUUCUAAAAGUCAAAGAAAAAGAAAUCGCUAGUUUAUUGCAACGUUUCAAGACGUUAAAAAGAUUACGAGGAUCAAUUUUCAGAAGAUGUAACUUAAUCAUAAAUUCGGCAACUGUUAUUAUCCUACUGUUUUCUACAGUGGUCUACAUUUUCAUAGUCGAACAUUUUUUGACGAACAUUGAAGAUAGUAAACGUUACUUUGCAGCUGCAACUUUCAACGCUAAUAUAUCUUUAGAUGAUUUCACAAUAUCCAUUCUGACUGCUCUGUACUUUCUUGUGACUAGAUUAACCAGGACAGUGAUUCCUUCUUUAUUAAGCAUUAUCUAUAUCACAUGGUGUAAUGCCUUAUGCGAAGCAGUGAAAAGGUGCAAAGAUAUGAUUCGUAUUCCAACUGCGAAUAAAACUUUAGAUUAUCUACCAUUUAUCCAAGAAUAUACUUACACUUAUAACUUGAUAGCAGAAAUAGAAAACAUUUUUUCUUCGCAUGUUUUUUGCCUGAUUGGAGCGAACUUCUUUGUCUUCUUUCUGUCAUUCACUCAACUUGUUGGCUUUACUUCAAUUUUCGAUAUGCCUCAGAAAACUGAAAAUUUUACAAUUUUAUUGGUUCAGGGAGUCCUCUUAUUUGUCAUAAUUUACAAAGCUGCGAAAGUUGGAGAAGAAGACCGUUUAGUCAGAAAAAAAGUUAAAGAUUUAGUAUUUUUCUUACUCUCAUCAAAAGAGACUUGUCAUAACGGCAAUUUUCUAUCAGAAUUUUUAAAUUCAAAGCCAAAUAUUACCCUAACAGCUGGGGGUGCAUUUACAUUCACCAAAAGUUUGCUUUUUACAACAGUUGGUGUCAUUAUCACAUAUAAUCUCCUCAUUUUGCAACUACAAAUUACUUAGAACAGUGGUUCCCAGAAGGUGUUCCACAGAAGCUUAGGGUUCCAUGGAAGGAACAUAAGGGUUCUGACAACUGAAUUUGUUUGAUGUGCAAAAACCUAUAAUGAAAACUCCACAGGAACACCAUUCCUGUUAAAUUAAAUUACAGGACUGAUGGAGCUGGAAAACCACACAUCAUAGCAGAAAAUCUGAUUGGUUCAUCGGCUGUGUUAUUAGGAAAAAUGCGGCUCAGAAAGUUGUUCCUAGAGUGUUGAACAACCAAUUUCUAGAUCCAUGAAUAGUGUUGAACAAUUUUGCAUGAUGGGAGCUGGUGAUAUCAACUUUGUGACAUUCCUUCUUUGUGAGGUUUAAUUUUCGGUUCGUCUUUUAGAACACUCAGAAUGAUGACGAGGACUUAUCGUAUAUACAUAUUUAAUUUAGAUUCUGGAUUAUUGAUGCUCGAAAUUAAUUACAAAAUAUUCAUAUGCUAAAUAAAAUACAGCUUUUAUUUCUGGAGCCCCAAUGCUCACUUCUUCAUCUAUACUCUGUGCACAUCCAGUCUAUACUGAAAAAUCCUUUCUCACUCGUGUCCUUCGCUUCUACUCGUGUACUCGUGUCUUUCCCCACUAUAGGGGAAAAACACUUUUA